GCGCAUAUUGCUGUUCAUAGCACAGUCGUACAAUUUAAUACGCAAACUUUUUAGUUGGUAUGCUUUUUGUUCACUCCAAACGCUCUUUUUUACUGUAAGCGCACUCAGUCAGACGGUUCUUUGUUCAAUGAUUCAGUGAGACACACUAAAAAGAUCCGACUCUUUGCGCAUCGGACAUAGAGUCAACAUGGCAGAUGAAGCCACUAGGAAGGCAGUUUCUGAAAUACCGCUUUUAAAAACAAAUUCAGGACCAAGAGACAAAGAACUAUGGGUUCAGAGACUUCGAGAAGAAUAUUUAGGUCUCAUAAAGUAUGUUGAAAAUAACAAAGCAGCUGACAAUGAUUGGUUCCGUCUAGAGUCCAACAAAGAGGGCACAAGGUGGUUUGGAAAAUGCUGGUAUAUUCACGAGCUUCUCAAAUAUGAAUUUGACAUGGAAUUUGAUAUUCCAGUUACAUAUCCUGCCACAGCACCUGAAGUGGCCAUUCCUGAGUUAGAUGGGAAGACAGCGAAGAUGUACAGAGGUGGAAAAAUCUGCCUCACAGAUCACUUCAAGCCACUGUGGGCAAGAAAUGUCCCAAAGUUUGGUCUGGCUCAUCUUAUGGCUUUGGGACUUGGACCAUGGCUUGCAGUUGAGAUUCCAGACCUCAUUGCAAAAGGCAUAAUUCAACAUAAAGGCCAACAAAACAGCUGAAAACAGUAGCAGCCUUUGCAUUUCACUAUGUCUUACUGAUGCAAACACCAAUGACAGUUUUAACAACAGUGGCUUGCUUUCCCUGUGAUUUCAAAUUUUUGUUUGCAGCCUCACAGAAACUGUGUACUUCACAUUCAUAUUUGUACAUAGAUCUGUUUUUUUUUUUUUUACUGUGUAUCAUGGCGAUUCAAUAUUGGCAAGGUUUAUAAUACCUUUCCAAUGGAAUAUGUAUGUUUUUCAUCAGUAAAGCUUGGUACAUACAUGUUUUAAUUGUAGCAAUUGGGUACACCUCAAGAGGAUUUAAAAUUAGAAUUAGAAAGUAUGCAAAAUUAUUUAUUUUCUCAGCUGGAAAUGUUUCCUUGUUAACAGCUUUUAUUAAAUUAAGUAUUAUAAGAAAAAUAGGUUUCUAUAGGUUUCUGAUUUGUAAAUUAAUUAAAUCUAAUGUGUCUUUUAAAUCUCAGUGACAGAAAGUUACUGGGCCUCAGUGUAGUUGCUCCAGGGUGUUAAU